AUGUUUUUCGAUACGGAGCAUAAUUCAGUCGAGACUGUCAUUAGCUCUUUACACGGCGCAUUCUCCGAGACUGCGCUGAAGAUGUGGGCUUACAUACGGUGCUUGUCCACGGCUACCCAACUUACGGCGAGCCUAAUUAUCAGUACGAUUAAGAAAGUCGCAGACAUUGCUUUCCUGAUCCUCACGAGUAAAUGGAGGAAGAGACGGUUCGAAAAGUAUGCGUGCGAGAUUCGCAAGGCACAGGUUAUAGCCACGGGGUAUUCAGCCUUUUUGGACGUGCUACGUCGGCGACAGACGGGAUAUAGCGAGGUGAUUACCUGGCUGAGAGAAGAGACAACUCGACUGGCUACAGCGAGGUAG